GACGCUGGGAAGCAGCUCUUCCGGUGGCGUCUCUGACUGUUACGUCAUCACGCAAACAGGAAGUCCCGGGCGCUCCCUUGUUUUCGUUCCAUGAAACCUUUAUUUCUCGCCUGAAAACUGAGCCUUUAGAUUUGUCGGAGCUGUGACAAAAGUUGGGAAUGGAAGAUUUUCAUAACGGAAACGAGGGCUCUUUUAACUCUGAGGAAACGGAUGGAAUCGUUAAAGAGUGCAUCGAGAACGUGGUGGGAGGCGACGACUACAGCGCCAAUCUGGUGAACAAGUGGACGGCCGGCAUCGUGGAGCGCUGCCUCGCCCAGCUGGUCAAACAGGGGAAGCCGUACAAGUACAUCGUGACGUGCGCCGUGAUGCAGAAGACGGGCGCCGGACUUCACACGGCCAACUCCUGUUACUGGGACACGGCUAUGGACGUUUUCUUCAGAUCUGGUCAAAUAGGAGGAAAUAGAAGACUUUGUUUACGACAAAAGAGCUCAUCGAUGAGGAAGCUCCACCGUGAGGUGGGAGAACCGCACCAUGUACUGCGUGGUCAGCGUGUUUGCGGUGGCUGUUGCCUAGAACCCACCCGUUCACCAUUCAGGCACCCACCAGGAGGAUGCAGGACACGCAUCCGACCAGCAGGGGGCCACCAAGUGCCACAGUUUUCAUCCUUACAGUUGAAACGCUGAAGCCUUCACACACUUCCUUUAUCCAUUUUUUUGCCUUCAUACCACAACUGGACACUGAUAUUUAAUGAGUUUAGUGGAGAACUUGUAUCAUGUCGAAGCUUGAAGAGACUUUCAUAUCAGCAGCAGGAGAAUAAAUAAACCCAUUUGUCUAAUUGCUUCCUGUUUUCUCAACUUUUUUGUCCUUAACAUCUUCAAAUAUUGAUUUUUUUUAACUAAAAAUGAUUAAAGAUUGUACCAUAUUUUAAGGAAUUGGAAGUCCUUCCACUGAGAGGAAAAGCGUUUUGUCUGAAAUGUGUGAAGCAGAUUUUUGUUACCUUUGUUGACAUAACGGGACAAAAAAAAAAAAAAAAAGCAAGGAAAGAUCAGCUUUUUGAUUGGAGGAUUCAGUAUGUCCUGCAUCUGCUAUGCUUUUAUUUUGAAAUAAAAAAAACUCUUCAACCAAAAAGUGCUGCAUAAUGAAUAGAAAACCAGAUGAUACUUUAUUAACGUAAAGUAGAAACCUAUAAUUUUGGCCCAUUGAAUAGAAGUUCCAAUCAUCUUGAUCCAUUGUAGAUCAAUUGUUCAAAUAAAGAAAUACUCAAAUGCUA